AUUUUCUGGGAAAGAACUCGUGAUACUUUAGAAUUCCGAUGUUAAAUAAUAUUCAGAUGUAUUGUGAAAUCGUGAUAUUGUUCAGGCGACGAGAUGUAUAGCUGACAGGUGUCUCCUCAAAAGUCGUUUCAAGAUAGAUAUCCCUUCCUCUUGAAAACAGAUAUAUGUUUGCUUGCUGUUGUUUCCACUUAUAAAGGUAUUUUACUUAGAUCUUAACAAACCGUUCUGCACAUUAAGUUUUUCUUUAAUAAAUGGUUAGACCACUUUCAUUCCAUAAUUACACCUUCCCGUGUUUACACACCUCGCACUAAGUGGAUGGGUGUGACACUUACAACUGCUUUUGUCUGUAAGUCAGGUGCAGGUCCUUGUUUACACGAUGGCCCUCAGUCCGUUCAUGGUGUUCCAUCUUUUCCUGACGGAUGUGGCCUUGCAAGGUCACCCAGAAAUGCUAGAUCAGUCCGUGUACGUCACUUCCCCUAUGACAUGCGCGGCGCGCUGUCUGAGCAUUGACCUGUGUCAGGCGUUUUUCCUCAAGAAGUCUGAAGACAAGUACAGGUGUACGCCGGCAUACCGUCGCUUCGUUCGCCAGCUAGGCUACACAUUCAUCUUCUCGGAGGGUCAGCAUCUGUACCACGUGCAUGGAGACAGGUGCAAGCCAGACAGCGGCCUGUACUGGUACCCGUAUCUCCAGUUCUGCUUCAUGUUCAGUUCCCAGCAGGCCACCUACAAUGUCGCCAAGCAGGACUGUGAGGCUAAGGGCUUUCGCAUAGUUGUCCUAAACACGGACCUCAAGUACAACAUGACGAGACUUCGCAUCCUGCACUUUUCAGAUUUAAAUCAGCGGUCGUACUUCAUUGGGGCGGAGAGAAGUCCUGGUCAAAACAACUGGACAUGGGUGGAUGGAUCAGCAGCCAAGAACCUGGACUGGGCUCCAGGUCAACCAAGUGGCGUCACAGAAAAUUGCAUCGAUCUUCACUUGUAUCGUGAUUUCAGAAUCAAUGACCAGGGUUACAAGUGCAAGCCAGAAAGCGGCCUGUACUGGUACCCGUAUCUCCAGUUCUGCUUCAUGAUCAGUUCCCAGCAGGCUACCUACAGUGUCGCCAAGCAGGAUUGUGAGGCUAAGGGCUUUCGCUUAGCUUUCCUAAACACGGACCUCAAGUACAACAUGACGAGACUUCGCCUCCUGCACUUUUCAGAUUUUAGUCAACGGUCGUACUUCAUUGGGGCGGAGAGAGGUCCUGGUCAAAACACCUGGACAUGGGUGGACGGAUCGGAAGUCAAGAACCUGGACUGGGCUCCAGGUGAACCCAGCAACGCAACAGAAAAUUGCAUUGAUCUUAUUUUCUUUGGUACAUUUCGCAUGAAUGACGAGAAUUGUGCCUAUGGCCUAGGGUACGUGUGUGAUGUACCGAAUCCAUAGCAUCGUAUCACCUUCUGAAAGAUAACGUGGCGACAUCAUAGACUAUCUUGUGGCCGGACAACUCCAUAAUAAACCAAGUCGACCAGAGCUAUUUGACUAUGAUGUAAAGGCAGUUCGACUCAGCCAACACUAAAACUGUCUUAGAGACGAUCACAGAUGACAGAAAUUUCUAGUCUUUUUUGUCAUCUUGGCGUGUUAAAUUUGGUCUUGGAAUUGAUGAAGUGAUAUGUAGUCGUGGUAGAAUCGUCCCAAUCUAUUUAAUUUAUAAUGAAGUUGUCCACCUUUGUUGUGACACUUUAUCUGAAUGCAUGUUUCUGUAUAGAAAACAAUUUCCUAAUCGCAAAGAAACAUUCGAUGUCUGCCCACACAGAUACACACAUACCUGACACACACACACACACACACACAGAAUGUAUCCUAUCCCCUACAGACUUGUACAAUCUUACAAAGCAACUGACCUGAUGGUGUCUUUGCAGCAGAUUAUGUCCAACUUAUGUCCACUUAUUAAUUUGCCUAUUUUUAAUGUAUACUAUUAUUCCUUUACUGGAAAUGGAGAUGUGAUGGUCUUAAAGGGUUUCUUGAAAAACGUUGUACAUUACAGGUCACAAGGUAAGCCUUUGUGGACACUCACUGUUGUCUCCUUGUUAUCUUGUCGGACACGAUUAAGUCCCUUCGCAUAGCAGGCUGAGGGUGACAAACUCUCCUGUAAUCGUGUCCUUUUGUUUAUAGAUAUGUCCUGACGUGAAUAUCAGCUAUAAAUAGCCAUGUUUAUGUGUUUUUUGACAUUUCUAGAUAUCGAUGAUGAUCGCCAUGUUUGCAUUUUCCUGAAGUGGGUUGUGGCUCUUUUCCUUUCACUCUUCGCAUCAUCGCCAUUGGCAAUUGACUAACUGAAGGUCUCGCGUGUGGAGAAAAGAGAAAUAAUGAAAGCAAGUCUCUAGGAAAACCCAUCUCUAGGAAAACGAUAAACAGAGCCAGUCUACACAUCUGUGUAAAGGAGAAGCCUUAAUCCAGUCCAAGAGGUAGUUUAUCGACAUCUCUUCUUAAAAACAUUCUUCUAGUAAUUCUUGAACUGUGUGACUUUUAAUCUACAGUCAUCUGCUGAAUUUCCUAUCAUCUGCCAAUCUCCUCAUGUUACCGUUGCCUAGACUUCAGAUACCAAUCAAGCUGGUACAGCAAAGCCUUUUGCUGUGUCCGACGACCGAAGUCUUGUACUGAUCUGUCUUAGCAAGUUUUCAGUAACAUGUUAAACAGCUCCAGGCUAUCCUCACCGGUGUAACGGUAAACAAUCAAUUCAUUACAAGAGAUUAUCUUUGAAUAUUUCAUCUCAAAAACAUUGAGUUUCUGAAGAAUUUUUGAAAUAUAUCAUUGACUUUUGAUUACAGGGAUCUUCCCUUGUUUAAUACCAAACUGUUUAGUGUUGGAUGCUAAAUUUCUCACCACCUGUCACUCUCUUCAGUUUUAUUACCUUGUCAAGAGAAACCUGCUGUCUAAAGCUUCACAGAAGAAAAAACUGUAACACAGUGGAGUAAACUAGUCUAUAAAAACUGUUUUGAACAUCAAUCUCAAUACGUUACAGAAAAUUGAAAUCAAGUUCGGUUGUCGCAGUCCUUUCUUAGAUAUGCUAUAGCAAUUAUUAUCCCAUUGGUUUAUGUGAAGUCCAAAGAUAACAUAAAUAAAUUUUCUGUCACUAUUAUUAUGUAGCAGUCUGUUCUUUUGUUCUCAGUUACUACUCCAUCAGUAAAUGCACCAACGUCUGCUUUGCUCAGACGUAAAGCCAUCAACUAGAAGUAAAUAUAAACAAAGAUCACUUGUUUGAAUAGCUGCAAACUGUAUUUAACUCAGUUUUUGCGUAUGAAUUUCCCUUCCGUCGAUUGUGCGGAAGUAGGCACGAGUUUUACAGGAAUUUUAAAAACCUUUACCUGAGUACUUCAGCUUACCUGAUGAUUACUUUUACUUCACUUUUUAAAGCUCAUUGAACUCACUGUAAGUAGGGGGAAUAAACUUUAUAAUGUAUUGCUGUUGUGGUUAUUGUCUUCUUCUGGUUGUUAAUUUUUUAUAAUUUGUUUGAAAAGCGCUUUUAGGAAAAAUAAAUAUAUAUAUG